AGAGAGAGAGAGAGGAAAAACGGAAACAACUAACAAAGUAAAGUAUUUUCUAUAGAGCUUGGUGGUGGUGGGUGGUUGAUAAUAAUGGCAGACAUGAUGUGCAGUAGUAACAGAGGAGGAGGGGUGUUUGGGGUUUCAAUGUGUGGUGCUCAACAACUACAAGAAAUCGAACAGUUGUCCAGAGAGGGAAGCCAUUACAGUCUCUCCACUGGGAUUCUUCCUUCUCUUGGCGCCAGAAGUAACCGCCGAGUUAAGCUUCGCACCUUCAUCGUUUCCCCUUAUGACCGCCGCUACAGGACAUGGGAGACAUUUCUGGUUGUUCUAGUCCUCUAUACUGCUUGGGUGUCUCCAUUUGAAUUUGGUUUCCUUGAAAAGCCGCAGAGACCACUGUCCAUUACUGAUAAUAUUGUCAAUGGAUUCUUUGCCAUUGAUAUCAUUCUUACCUUCUUUGUAGCUUACCUUGAUAGAACUACUUACCUCCUUGUUGAUGAUCCAAAGAAGAUUGCUUGGAGGUAUGGAAGAACUUGGUUGGCACUUGAUGUCAUAUCCACAAUCCCUUCCGAACUUGCUCGGAAGAUUUUCCCAUCAGGUUUCUUGUCAUAUGGCUUGUUCAGCAUGCUUCGUCUGUGGCGUCUCCGUAGAGUUGGUGCCCUUUUUGCCAGAUUGGAGAAAGAUAGGAACUUCAACUACUUUUGGGUUCGAUGUGCAAAGCUUAUUUUUGUUACCCUGUUUGCAGUUCAUUGUGCUGGUUGCUUCUAUUAUCUUCUUGCUGCGCAUUAUCCUGAUCCAACAAAGACUUGGAUUGGAGCAGCAAUGGAAAACUUCCACCAGCAAAGCAUAUGGAUCCGGUAUGUUACAUCGAUGUACUGGUCUAUCACUACUCUCACAACUGUUGGAUAUGGAGAUUUGCAUCCUCAGAAUACAAGAGAGAUGGUUUUUGAUAUAUUCUACAUGCUCUUCAACCUUGGAAUGACGGCAUAUCUGAUAGGAAAUAUGACCAACUUGGUCGUCCAUGGCACUAGUAGAACUAGAAAAUUUAGGGAUACCAUACAAGCAGCCUCAAGUUUUGCUCAUAGGAACCAAUUGCCAGGUCGAUUACAAGAUCAGAUGCUUGCACACUUGUGUUUGAAGUUCCGAACAGACUCAGAGGGUUUACAGCAGCAAGAGACUCUUGAUUCCCUUCCAAAAGCUAUUCGUUCAAGCAUCUCACAUGUUCUUUUCUACUCUCUUGUGGACAAGGUGUACUUGUUUCGUGGCGUGUCCAAUGACUUGCUCUUCCAGCUGGUUUCGGAGAUGAAAGCUGAGUAUUUUCCUCCCAAAGAAGAUGUCAUCUUGCAGAAUGAAGCUCCAACAGACUUCUACAUACUUGUUAAUGGAGCUGUGGAUUUAUUUGUUCUCAAAAAUGGAGUUGAACAGGAUGUUGGAGAGGCAAAGACUGGUGACCUUUGUGGUGAGAUUGGGGUUCUUUGUUAUAGGCCUCAGCUCUUUACAGUGCGGACCAAACGGCUGAGUCAGCUAUUACGACUGAACCGGACUACAUUCUUGAAUAUUAUUCAGGCCAAUGUUGGAGAUGGUACCAUAAUAAUGAAUAAUCUCCUUCAGCAUUUGAAAGGACUGAAUGAUCCAAUUAUGGAGGGAAUUUUGCUGGAAACAGAGAACAUGCUAGCUCGUGGUAGAAUGGACUUACCUGUUAGCUUAUGCUUUGCAACGCUUAGAGGGGAUGACUUGUUGCUGCAUCAGUUGUUGAGGCGUGGUUUGGAUCCAAAUGAAUCGGACAAUAACGGAAGGACCUCUCUGCACAUAGCAGCUUCCAAAGGAAAUGAGAACUGUGUGCUCCUCCUACUGGAUUAUGGAGCAGACCCAAAUAGUAGAGAUUCUGAAGGAAAUGUACCACUAUGGGAGGCCAUAUCGGCUAAUCAUGAACCAGUGAUCAAACUACUGAGAGAUAAUGGUGCCGACAUAUCUUUUGGUGACGUGGGUCUUUAUGCAUGCACUGCUGCUGAGCAAAACAACUUAGAAUUGCUCAAGGAAAUUGUUCGGAAUGGAGGAGAUGUCACACGUCCCAAGUCCAAUGGAACUACAGCACUCCAUGUUGCAGUUUGUGAAGGCAACACUGAGAUAGUCAAAUUCCUUUUGAAGCAAGGAGCCGAUGUUGACAAACCAGAUAAUCUUGGUUGGAGCCCAAGAGCUCUAGCUGAGCAGCAAGGACACGAAGAUAUUACAACUCUUUUCCAAUCCACUAAAGAGACCAAGACUCAAUCUGUUGUUUCAAUCACAGAAGAAGGACAUGAAACUCGCUAUCUUGGGAGAUUUAAAAGCUUGCCAACAAUCAAUCGUGUUUCCCAGGAUGGAGCAUCCCCAAUGGUAGAGGGGUCAUGGGGGAAAUCCCGUCCAAGGCGGAGGACUAGUAACUUCCACAAUUCUCUAUUUGGUAUCAUGUCAGCUGCCCAUGGUGGUGACAACGACUUGCUUUUAGCCGCAAAUCAGACUACCUCUGUUGUGACUAACAAUUAUUACACCGCUAGAGUGAUAGUUAGUUGCCCUGAAAAGGGAGAUGUCAAGGGAAAGCUUGUGGUACUUCCACAGAGCUUCCAAGAGCUACUUGAGAUUGGUACCAAAAAAUAUGGGAUCUUGCCAUCUAAAGUUUUAUGCAAAGAUGGCGCUGAAAUUGAUGGUAUAGAGCUGAUUAGAGAUGGUGAUCAUCUUAUUUUUGUUACUGAUGGCGGAACAGAAGAACCCAAUUACCAAAAUGGCGGGGAUUUAAGAUAGCAGUGCGCAUGGACAGUGGUUGUUUUAACCUAUUCUUUCUCCCACACCCUUUAAGGUGCAUGCUAACAUACGUUUCUUCUACCAAGUCCCACACGAGCAAAAUAUGAGGUCCUGGGUUCGAUCUGCUACAAAAGAUGGCGAUGGCUCACCUUUUUCAAUUUUCUUUUUUAAAUAAUUGUUCAUAUUUUUUUUAAUAUGUCACAAUUUCUGUAUAUUAUUCCCUUUUUUUCUUUUUCUUUGUAAAUUUUUUAUUGUUCAUUGUAUAAUGUUUACUAUGGUUUUCUUCCAUGAAAUGAAAGAAUAUGACAUAGCAUCAGAAUCGAUUCUAAUGAAUAAAGGUAGUGAUGGAGACCAAAUUCAGAAUCCCAAACACUAGAAUCCUAAGAUGUUUCUUUAAUUCUUAUUUUUUUUUUUUUCUUUUCAAAAUUAACACCUCAACUGGUGCAUUCAUCUUUAUAGUUUCGAUGACUUCGAGCAGUCCUAAAUGUUUUGUGACAGAAGGCACAAAUCCAGCCAGAUUGGUUUUGACAUAUUAUAUUGACCGGGACAUACAAUGGACAUAACCAAGCGUUUUUGAUAUCUUAAGCUACCUCAUUCCUUUUGAGCUGUAAUUAAUUGAUCAAAAGUCACAUUAUAUUGCUACAUCGCCCACUAUAAUGUGUAAAGUGCAGACCAGAAGUUCAAAUGUUUCAUGUUGGCAAUCUUUAGGCCAAUUCAUAAAAAAGACUUGAUUUGACUGCAUGGAGUCGAGAAGCAGAGAGUAUCAACAGAAGCUUUAUCUAUAACAGAUGAUA